GGAUCUCCCACUUUCCUCACCAGACAUCAGCCAGCAACACAGGCGAACACACCUCUCUCUCUCUCACACACACAUACACACAUGCGCUGUCUCUCUCUCGCUGCAGCUGCAUACACAUCCAGAGACCACAGAGAGACCACAACAACACCCGGACCUCAGACGCUGGCCCCUGGAUCCACAUCGAGUUAGACUCACAAAGGAUCCCGAGCAGGAGAAACACCAGACCCGCUGCAGCUUACACACACAGAGAAAAAAAGGAUCUACGGCUGUAUUGUGCAUAUAUAGCCACUGAGGAAGACUUUUAUCUACUUUUUAAAUCUGCGCUGGUGAUCCUUCUCCUUUGUGCCACAAUGUCCGAGGUGCUGCCAUACAACGAGGGGAAAAUGAGCGGCUACGGGGCGGACAGCGAGGUCAGUCAGAUGUCCUUUAGCUGCGGACUGCAGGACACAAGCGCCUUUUUCUCCUCGUCGCAGGGGAAAAGACCCCCAAAGCUGGGACAGAUUGGCAGAGCCAAGCGAGUGGUCAUCGAGGACGACCGAAUAGACGAGGUCCUGAAGGGGAUGACAGACAAGUCUUCACCUGGCGUUUAAAAACGUGAGCGAUGCCUUGCAGACUUUUUAAUUUUUGAUCACCGAUUUGAAGCACUUGUCGGCUGUGCAUGUUCGAGGAUUGCAGGAGAGAACACGACGGCACAAAGAGAGGAUGCGAUGACGGGAAAGGAAAAAAAAAAAGGAAAAGGAGGGAAAAUGGAGAAAGCGAAAAAAAGAGGAAGAGAAAUGAGCAAGAAAGAGAUGGUGAAAGAAAGAGAAAGGAAGAGAGAGAGAUAGACUCUGGAAAAGACCAAGAUUUAUCAUGGGAUUUGCUGGCAAUUCUCCAAACGAAUCCCGAUUUUAACUACUGCUGCGCAGCAAGAUGUUGAGAUGGCGGACACUGCUCUGUAUCUCAACCUCUGCUGACUUUAAUGAUGGAUGAACUUGUCAUUACUUCACGACCAUCUCCUUUUUCCUUUCCAAAAGCGCUGUAAGCAACAAAAAUACUGCAACUGGAGGCUGAAGCUAAAAAUCCCAGCCCUAUUUCAAUAAGUUGUACAGUAGGUAGGCUAAGCUCUCAGACACCCCCCUCCCUCUCCUCUUCCUCCUCCUCCUCUUCCUAUUCCUUUAGGCUUUGCUUUGUUGAUUCAGUCAGCGACGGUGCAUUCAAGGGAGCUGUCCUUUUCAGCACUGGUCCAAUGCAUUCCUGUUGCUGCUAAACGCUUUUUAAAAACAGACCAACCAAACUCUCGAGUCUACUAAAUAGAGGAGACCCAUUGUAUGUAAAAACAUAUAUCCGAGGAUGGUGCAAUGUUAAUAUUUUCUGUAGUAGAACCCUGUUUGUUUUUUGGCCCUUAAAGAGCAUUAGGCCACAGUUUAAAACUGAACCACAGGCUAUGUUCUUCUUCUUCUUCUUCUUCUUCUUCUUCUUCUUCUUCUCUUCUACUACGACUACUUCUUAUUCUGGCAUCACCCAUCAGUGGUUAAAGGUGCAGGCUGGCACCUUCAUGUAGCUGAUUUUACACCGGCACAUAUCUUUGUUUUCCUCUCUCUCUCUAUUUUUUUUUUGGUUUUGUUUUGCAUUUUAAAAAUGCUCAGAUAUCUACAGAGGCCAGCAGGGAUGUGGAGAUUAUACUAAAUGUUUAAAAUAAUAGUCAUGAAAUUGAUGGGAAAAAAAUUGUUUCUUUUUUUUCUUUUUCUUUUUAAUUUAGCAAUUAUUCGUGUUUCGUCUUCUAUAAAUUUUUACGUUUUUUCUCCAUCUAUUUGCAUGAACUUUCACUCCGGUGCCAACACAGGUGCCACUACUCUUACCCUGGCACGCUUCUUUUUAACAAAAGUCAUAUUUGUAUUUUUAUAUCUAAAUAUUUGUUAUUUAAAUGAUAUGCUAGUCUAUCGUCUUACAAUUCAUCAACAAAAAUAUUUCUACUUCAGAGAGGAUAUACAGAGGGAGACUAGGCUUCAUACAGUAGAGGCAAAUCUAAGAUUUUAGUGGACUGGUCUCGUUCUAUAUCAGAGGUCGGACGUUUUUUAAAGACUAACUGAAUGUGUCUGGGGUUUUUGCACACAUCAAUGUUAAAAUAUUAUUAAGAAAUCGUAUACUGUGACUUGAGCUUCGUUGAUGAAUUUGUUAGAAAAUGGCAGUUUUAGAGUAUAUUGCACUGUUUACGAGUAUCCUCAAAUAACAUGUUGUUAUUUGACCGAUUUUGGACAUUACAGUUUUUGUUUUUUAAUUUUGUUUAUUUUGUACCAUUAUUUUAAAGAAACUGGAUAUGGUUUGUUGUGCAUGAAACCUUAAUAUUUUCAAUAAUGAAACAUCGUUUUAUGAAGCAAAAAAGCAACAAAAAUGUCAUGACAUUCUAAGAAUGAGUCAUUGUAUAUUAUGAUGCCAUUUUCACUGUAUUUGGUGAAUUAAUAAAUGGUGAAAGAAAAUGUUAA